AAGAAGAAGAAGGAAGAAGCGGAGGAGAUCACUCGCGCCUGAAGUUAAGAAAAUUCAAAUAUUCAAAUCCAUCGCUGAAGGAUAGGAGACAAUAAAGGUUCCUAAAUGGCUACUCCAGUUUUACAACAACCCAGUUUUCUAUUGGUCAAUCUUAAAGCUGAUUCCACAACCAAACCACUGCUCCAGAGAUGCCAAGAUCUGGUGAAAAUCAUUGACGAUUAUCCUGCAAAGGAGUUGCACCUGAUUUUCCCAUGGUUGGUGGAGAGUGUUUUUGGCAGUUUGGAUGGUGUCCUUACUGGUUGGAACCUGCGGCUCCUUCACUCUCGGAGCACAGAGUACAACAUUGUUUUGGACUUCCUAAACCCUGGUGGACCAAUGAUGAAACUGGUGUAUAAGCUUCAAUCUGAAGAGUACAGUUAUGAAGUUCCUGUCACUUAUCUUCCCGGUCCUGUGAAGGCCUCCAUCCGGGAAGGGGUUCUUCCAGACUGUCCGUUGUUCCACAACAAGCUUCAGUCGCCUCUGUCUGGUCUGCUGACUCCAAACCUAGCUCUCAAUCCGUUUGAAUUCUACAUGUUCAAUUUUGCCUACUGUCUCAUCACACCAAAGAACCACCUUCAGUCCCAAACUGAAAGCAACACAGACAGUGCUUACUUUGUUCUGGUGGACAGUUACCUCAAAUACUUCCUCCCAGUUGAAGGAAGCGUGCCCCCCUCCCCUUUCUCCAGCUCCAGAGGCUCUGUCACUGCACCCUCACCAAGAUCUUCCAGUGUUUCCUUUGCUGGUUAUGGUGUACAUAGUUCCAGUCUCCUGAAACAUCACAUCUUCCACCAGCCAUCAGUUAACGCUGAUCCCGCGGCCCAGGAAAUAUGGAGGUCGGAAACACUCUUACAGAUGUUUGUGGAGAUUUGGCUCCAUCAUUAUUCCUUGGAGAUGUACCAGAAGCUGCAGUCUCCUCAGGUGAAGCUGGCGCUGCUGCAGUACCGCCUCAGUAUGUCCAGCAUGCUGUGCCAACAACACGCCCCACCGGGCUCUGGGACCCUCAACACCUACCAAGAACCAUUCAGUCCAAGCGAGGAGCACGUACUGGUGGUGCGUCUCCUGGUGAAGCACCUGCACGCCUUCUGCAACAGUCAGAAACCAGAGCAGUUGUCCUCCUCCCCCUCCGCUCAUUCGCACACUCACACCAGCCCGCUGGAGGAGUUCAAGAGAGUGGUGGUGCAGCGUUUUGUUCAGCAAAAACUCUACCUCUUUCUCCAGCACUGUUUUGGCCACUGGCCUCUAGAUGCAUCUUUCAGAGCAGUGAUGGAGACCUGGUUAAGUUACAUCCAACCAUGGAGAUAUACAGGAGAGAAACCCACCCCUCAGUCAGACCAGACCAGAACAGUACCGGACAAAUGGGAAUCGUUUGUUCAAGAGAACCUGCUCAUGUACACAAAGCUGUUCCAAGUCUUUCUGAACAGAGCCGUGCGGACAGAUCUGGUCAACGCCAAAAAUGCACUGAUGGUCUUCAGGGUUUCCAAAGUGUUUGCUCAGCCAAACCUUGCAGAGAUGAUCCAGAAAGGUGAACAGUUGUUUCUGGAACCGGAGCACGUCCUCCACCACCGCCAGCACCGUGGUUACCAGACGCCAAUGCAAGGAGGCAGCUACCUGUCAUCACGACAGCGGGUCGUGACAGACAUGGUGUUCAGAGUGAAGAGCCACGUCUACACCUUGGAGGGUCAAGACUGUCAGUAUAAACAGAUGUUUGGCACUGAGCUCCGAGGGGCCGUUAUGAAGUUGAUCCAAAUCAUUGCACAAGCACGACAGACAGCAAAGAGGAUUUCAGAUCAGUCCAAUGAUGCGAUGUCCAAUAACUCGUUCUUGUCCUGGUUUGGGUUCAGUUCUUCUGAACUCAACAGAACGUACGCUGGAAAUGAGCCAGAGGAAAGCGAAGAGUGUCUGAGAAAAACUCAUGAGUUCCUGGACAUGGCUCUGGAGAAUCUAUGCCAAAUUUUCAAGUUGACCCAAGGUCAGCUGAUGCAGCUUAUGUCCAACCUGGGUUCUUCCCAAGAAGAAGGGAACUUCAAGCAGCUGCCAGACUGCAUCCAGAGCGACAACGGUCUCAUCCUGACCGACCUGGGCAGGAGACAGAUCAUAAAUGGACUACGCAGAUUUGAGAUUCAUUAUCAAGGAGAUCAAGAGCUGCAGCCAAUCAGAAGCUACGAGAAUGCCCUGCUGGUCAGGCUGUUCUACUGGAUCUCCUGUCUUGUUAAUAAAAGGUUUGGAGGUCACAUGAGCGCUCUCUGUUCACGGCCCGACUUCCUUGGUCGCCUAAGUCGUCACUACUUGACAGAUGUCAGCUCUUCAUUGAAACUGAAGCAAAGCCCAGCGUCCCGGCAGACAUUAGAGAGGAACCGACAGCCACGGCUGAGUCUCCGCCCAAUGGCCAGCUACAGAACCCUGUUCCUGCUGAUACUGUUCUACCUGUUUGGAGUACUGCUGUCUUUAGGACCCGUCUCCAGCACGGUGCUCAUCCUCCUUGUAGUUUUCCUCUAUGGACUGUUGACGAUGCUGUUUGGAGACAAAUUGAAAAAACACUAAUCUGAGCUGGCGGUUUUCUAGGGGGCGGGGAUGAUACAUACCGUACAUAUGCCUUUUCCACUUUCACACGUUUGGCUGAUAAGAACUUUCAGAUUGGAUCCCGUUAGCUUGAUGUCCAUCAGUACUAGGAGUUGUUUUUUGUUUUUUUUAUUGUACAAGCAAUAAUCCUAUUCGAAAAACUGACUGACGAAUUGUGUUAAGGAUGUGUGAAAAAAAUCCCUCAGCCACUUUGUACUGACAGGCUGUUGUUGCUUUUU